AUGAGCAAUGGCACAAUUAUCACCGUUCCAAAUCAUAUUCGUAAUCUAAUACCAUCUCGUAUUAUAGUGCAAUAUCAUCAAUUUUGUAAUGAAACUUGUCCGAAUACUUUCAAACCAUUGUCAAAAAGUAUUUUGUAUGAAAUUUUGGAUGGCUGCUCAGCAUCAACAAGAAAAAGUUUGCAAGGAUUAGAUUAUUUUUCUGCUGACGGGUCAACAGCUUUUGAUAACUUGAUAAACAUUGCUAAUGAAUUAUUAACAAUUGGUGUAUCUGAUACCGUGGUGAGACAAUUAAAAAAUGAUUUACAAUUAUCUAGAAAUUACCUUAAAAAUGAUUACAAACUGCAUAUUCACGAUGGAUCAACAAUUCCUGAUCAUUGUUCAUCAUUUUCGUUGAGUGAUCCACAUGAAAAGGAAUGGCAACAACCAUGCGAUCAUCAUCAUAAUGAUGAAUGUGAAUAUUGUACCUUACUUGAAAAUUCCUUUCUGCUAUUAAGUUCAUUAGUUAAGAAUAGCACAAACAAUUGUUCACCUGAUAAGAAAAAAAGACUUUUGCAUCGAAUCGCACAUAAUAUUGAGUUAAUACAUGACUGGAAAUCGCAUCAGUUACGUACAGUUAAUCAAGAAAAGGCUCGGUCUGAAAUAUUAGAAAAUUUGGAUUCGAAGAGUGUUUUCAUACAAAUAGAUUGGUCAAUGAAGUUUUUAGCAAAAGAGUAUCGUGAAUCUCAACGACAAUGGUUUGCGGAUAACGCAGGAUGUUUUCAUGGUAGUGAAUUUUUGUUAGCUGUAAAAGCACUUUAUGAAGAAACUGGUAUAUUUAUUAAAAGAAUUGACUUUUCAGAUCCACAGUCCGGUAAAAGCUGCUGCGACAGAAUGGCAGCUGUUAUUAAAUGUAAUAUCCGUCGUUAUAUAGACGAAAAACAUAAUGUCACCAACAGCAAAGAAUUUAUUGAAGCUGCACGAGAAACAAAGUAUUUAUCACUUUAUGCUAGCUCAACUUCUCGUGAUCAAACUCAGCUGAAGAAAAAGAAACUUGAAUGGUCUGGAGUCAAGACAUUUAACAAUAUUGAAUAUUCUAAGACAAACAUAUCAACACCAUUACAAUUACAGAAUACAGAUAAAAAAUUUAAACCUGAACAUAUGAACGUCAAAUGCUGGCGUGCUUGGAAGAUAGGAGUUGGCAAAAGUUUUUUAUGGAAGGAUCUACAAGAAGUUACUUUUAUUUCACCCCUUAAUGUAGUUGAUGAAUUCUCGUUCACAAAUAAUCGAUGGUUAUUAGAAUCUGAAGAGAAUGAAUCUGUUAAACCAAAACCUAUGCCUGAUAAUGAUGAAGAUAAUUCAAUCGACGAAAACUUUGAUGACAUCAGUCUUUCGGAAUUUGAAGUCUUUGAUUGUCCUGAAGUAGAUUGUAUCAAACGAUUUAUUAAAUAUGGUCAACUGCUAAAUCAUCUUUCUACUGGUAAACAUAUCAAAAACAAAGAAAAAAUAUCUCUAUCAGAUACAGCAAAAUCGUUGUAUCAAAACAAAUUGGAAUAUUCUUCAACUCGACAAGUUCCUUCAUUAAAAGAUUUCAUAAUAACACGAUCGGAUGAUGUUGAAAAGAAAAAGCCUUUGUCUUAUGGAUGGGCCCUAACUCAUAAGAAAACCAACCACCGAUUAACACCAGAACAAAAAAAAUUUCUCGAAGAUAAGUACAACCAAGGUGAAAAAGAAAAUAUGAAAUGUACUUCAGUUGAUGUGGCUCAUGAAAUGGAAAUUCUCAUGAAUGGUAACGAAUAUGUUUUCGAACCAUAUCAAUGGCUAAAGUCAUCUCAAAUACAAAGUUUCUGGUCUCGAUUAACUAAAGCUCGUCGUCAAUCAAGUCAAAACCAUGCAACAACAAAUGAUAACAAAAAUAAUAUCAAUACCAAUUAUGAAUAUGAAGCUGAUGAGGAUGAUUUAUUUGAACAAGUGGCAUACGAAGUGAAAGAGAAGAUAUUACAAAAAAGGGAACAAAUAAUAGAUAAACCUGUCAAUGAUUCAGUGGUCACGGUCGAAAUGUCCUCAUUAUCAAUGAAAAAAAAACAGUCACAAAGAUCCAUGGAUGAUUUCACUGGUCAACAAAGAAAAAGACGAUCAGUGGAUAAAUAG